AAUUAUACUAAUCGAAAAAAUGUUUUUUUUUGUAGUUAUAGCGAAACAUUUUAGGCCGUAAAUCGAAAACGUGCCUUAAUAGAAGAGGGCCGUUAUAGCGAAAUGCCGUAUAAAGAUAAAGUUAUAAAAAAAACUUUCUUAUUAUAAAGAUUUGUUUGCCGUUUUUGCAUGAACGAAAUUUUACCUAAUUUGUAGAAAAGCAAAUAACAAUGUUAAUAAGAAAACAAUUACGAAAUGUUUGUCAGUUCAACACAAAAAUUUUUCGCAAAUCAUAAGCUCAUGUCACACUAUUCUAAACUGAAACUUUCCAGAAGAAUAAAAAGUAUAAGUGGUAAAAUACCCAGUAACAGAAUUAUCUUUAUCUAUAAUCUUUUUCAAGUGUAUUUGCAUUAUUUUAUCUUUCAAUUUUUGCCUUUUGCUUGUUAGUUAUGUGGUUAAGAGGCAGCCCAGCUUGUUAUUUUAGGAAUGUUAAAGAUAACAUACACACUUUACUUUGUUUCUUAUAACUCAAUAUCAGACUAGACAGAAAACUUGCUAUAAAACCCAAAAGUCGAAAAAUACUUACCGUUAUGAGUUAAUACAACUGUUUAAAAUUUCAUAAAUAAAACAGAUAAGAGCAUUUCAUUCGUUAUCUGAUGAUGAGAACUUUUAUUCAACAUUCAUCGUACUAGUACAUGCACUAGUAUACAUUGCAUCAAAUUGUUUACUUGAAAAAUUCUUCAAAUUAUAAAUUGUAUCUGUGUUAUUACAGCCAAUCUCGUCCAUAACAUCGAUCGAUCGCCAUUAAUUAAGGUCAACACCAGCUCUAAAUACACAUUAAUUGAAAGAAACGAAUCUAUAAAGACUGUAAAAAUUAAUAUUUUUUUUACAUUUCUUGUAAAUAAUUGAGUAAUGUUACGAUCAACGACAAGUUGCUUAUUUAUUUUCGUAUUUUUUUGUGGGCAAAAAAACUGCAUCUUUUGUGAUGCUGAUGUAUAUUGGAGAGAUUACAAUGGAUCAAUCCCUUCGGACGCAUUUCCUACAUAUCACGGAAACUACAUUGCUCAAGUCGUAUACUAUGUUAGAGAAGAAUUAGGAGUGGUUCCCGGAACUUUAUAUCCCGAAUCGAAAAUAGUUAUUUCAGAAUCAGCACAUGGAAAAAUUACAUUCAAAGAUAAUAUUAAAAUAUUAUGUACGACAGAACCUACGGCUUUUGAAUGGAUGUACGUAAACGUAGAACAAUUGAAGCCAACAUUUUUGCAAAACUGUGUUAUCGGCGGUGGAGCAUAUUAUUAUAAUCGGGGAGUCAAAGUUUACAUCGGCAAAAUUUUCCAUGAGGGCCAAUGGAAAAUAGGAAAAGUUUUUGGGUUGGACGUGAAACAGCCAGGUUUAAAAGUUUGGUGGAACAAUGGACGUACUUACUGGGCGAAAGAUUUUCAAAUAUUAAGAAAACUGUAUUAACAUUUUUAAACAACUUGUUAAAAAGGCAAAAGCUAUGAGGGAUACUAAGUGAGUUACUAAGGUACAUUUGUGAAUUACAGACAGAUUACUUUAUUUAUACAGGGUGU